AUGAUGAAAAAUUUUGAAUUUCUGUAUCCGUCUCCGCCCCUGAAAAGUGUUGGUGGUGAUGCUGACGGUGGUGAUGCUGAAGAACUGAUGAUGAGGAGAAAACGACGUACAUCAACAAAGCGUAGAGUGAGCAGUAAAAAGGAGGAAAGCAAGCCAACAAGACCGUUUGUAAUCAAAUCCAUCCCAUCUCCACAGUCUAAGCCUUUACUUGUCUUCAUUAACCCUAAAAGUGGCGGCAAUCAGAAAGUAAUGUGUAUUAGAAAGCAGAAUCAGUUACAGGUGGAACCUGUAACUGAUUUUGGGAGCCUUCAUAGUGAUGUUGACAUUUCGGAAGUCAAAGAUCCUCUUCAUCUAGGCAAGGCUGUCAAAAAGAGAAUUGAGAAAGACUCUACUUCAAUUGAGUCACUUAGCCCAAUUUUAGAUUCCGAAACCGGGAGUCUUCAUUCUGCAGAAACUCUGAGAAAAUCGGAAGAGGAGAAGAAGCAGGAUCAGAAGAAGAAAGAACAGGAUCAGGAGGAGGAGGAUGAGGAGAGGGAACAGGAGAAAAAGGAGAAGCAGGAUCAGAAGAAGGUGGAUGAGCAGAAGGAACAGGAAGAAAAGGAUGAGAAUGAGCUGAUGUCUAAUUUUUUCCCUCAUCAGUGGCAAUCAAGGAUCGAGAAUGUAUAA